AUGAGGAAAGGUGAACUAACCCUAAACCGUUCCCUGGCCUCAUUCACACCUCGCCGCGCCUUCCCUUUCAAACGUCUCAAAGAAGCUGCCAUUGGACCUCGCAUGUUCGAUAAGGCUCGACCCUCACUACAAGGGACCUGGCCACAGUCCACGCAAGAGUUCUAUACGUCCCAACGACUCUAA